AGCUUACAAACAAAGCUCGCAAGUUGGAACAAAUAUCAGCUUCUCUCCACUCGCCAAUCGAUUCUUGCUAUUUAGAAGCAGCCCUUCAAUCAACAAUAAUCCAUUCUUCUUCAGAUUUCCCUUUUAUCCAUGGAAGCUGCAGUUCACUAUGGUGCUUCAGAGAGGAAUAAGAAGAGAAAAUUACCUGCAGAUUAUCAGAUAAAUGAAAGCUUAAGAUUCCCCUUGGAUGAGCUUAAUCAAGAUGUUCUAGAGCAGGUUCUUUCAUGGCUGCCAGCGUCCAACUUUUUCCGGUAUACUUCAGUCUGCAAAAGAUGGAAAUCGGUAGGAAAUUCUGCAACUUUCAAGCUUGCCUGCUCUCAGAUUCCAUCAAGAGAACCAUGGUAUUUCAUGGUUGACUCGCAAGCCCAGUUCAAAAACCAACCGAUUGUUUUUGACACGGCGGAAAACAACUGGAAAAAGCUCAAUUUUCCACUACCUCUGCUUCAGGAAGAACAGAGGGGCCGUAGUUUUGUUCCUGUUGCAGCAUCAGGUGGUUUAUUAUGCUUCCUAUCUUCUCCACCUGCUGACGAGUUUAUUAUCUGCAACCCUUUAACUGGAGCAUGCAAAGAAAUUGUUUCUUUGAAUCCUGAGCUCAAGAAAAGCAAGAUUCUUCGAGGGAUUGGAAUGAUUUCCAGCCCUGAAUCAUACAGUCUUGUGCUGGUUUUUGGUGAUCUUUCAGAACUUUCAAUCAAAGUUUACAAUUCAAGCAUUCAACAAUGGGAAGAGGAGACAAUGCUGAAGAGAAAGCAUGCUUCCCCUGCUGAUGAGACAGAGGAAUCCGAAGAUGAUCAUGCAGUAUAUUUCUUGAGCAAAUGUGGCAAUGUUGUAUCAACAAACUUGCAAAGAAGCCCAUGUAAGCAGUAUUCAUCAGUUAUAACUCAGAAAAACGGUGAAAAACUCAUGUAUUUCCUAAGCUCUUCAGGGACGAUUGUUGCUUGCAACCUCACCAACAAGUGCUUCUGCGAAUACCCGAGGCUAUUGCCUGUAUAUCAUGAGUACUCGAUUGAUCUGGUGGAGUGUGGCGGAGACGUUUAUGUGGUUCUUCUCUUGGAAUUCCUGGAAAGCGCGAGCCUUCGAGUAUGGAGGUUUGACGAAAAAGAUCAAUCUUGGCAUCAGAUUGCAGCAAUGCCUCCGGCAAUGUCACAUGGAUUCUACGGUAAAAGAGUGGAUAUAAACUGCGCUGGGGCUGGCCAGCAGAUUCUAGUUUGCCUGAAUUCUGCAGAGGUUUGCAGCUACUUUUUGUGCCAUUUGAUGGUCAAUGAGUGGAUUGAAGUACCUAAGUAUCACAUCAAUGGUGACGCUAAAGAUUUCAUUUGUGCAUUCACCUUUGAGCCUAGGAUUGAAGCUUCUGUAUGAAGAAGAAGAAGAAGGGGAAAAAAAAUUUGCAGUAGACUUUAGAUAUUACACUUCUUAUUCUUGUUUUUUUUUCCUUUUGGCAUAUUCUUUUUCCAGAUAUUACUUGUAUUUUCUUGUAGAUUUUUUCUUCUUUUUUUUUUUAAACAUGUUUGGAACAACUUAAUGCAUUUACUGGUGAUGUUAUUAUGAUGAUUUGCAUAC